AUGGUUCCCAAGCUCAAAGAUCCGUCGCUGCUGAAGCAGGACAUUUGCUACGUCAACGGCGAGUGGAUCAAGGCCAAGUCAGGCAAGACUUUCGCAAUCACUGACCCGGCAACCGGCGAGAAGAUCGGAACAUGUCCCGAGUUCACCAAGGCCGACACGGACGCCGCCAUCGCCGCGGCCUCCACGGCGUUCGAGACCUUCCGCACCAAGACCGGCCGCGAGCGCUCCAAGCUGCUGCGCCGCUGGUACGAUCUCAUGAUGGAGAACGCCGAGGACCUCACCACCCUCAUCACCUGGGAGAACGGCAAGCCCGUCGCCGACGCCAAGGGCGAGGUCACCUACGCCGCCAACUUCCUCGAGUGGUUCAGCGAGGAGGCGCCCCGUAUCUACGGCGACACCAUCCAGUCCUCUGUUCCCGGAAACCGUGUGUGGACCAUCAAGGAGCCCGUUGGUGUUUGCGGUCUGAUUACCCCAUGGAACUUCCCCGCCGCCAUGAUCACCCGCAAGAUCGGCCCUGCCCUCGCCUCGGGCUGCACCGUCGUCUGCAAGGCCCCCGGCGAGACCCCCUUCACCUCCCUCGCCCUCGCUGAGCUCGGCCACCGCGCCGGCAUCCCCAAGGGCGUCAUCAACGUCGUCACGGCCCUCGACAACACCCCCGAGGUCGGCGAGGCCCUCACCACCUCCUCCACUAUCAAGAAGAUCUCCUUCACCGGCUCCACGAACGUCGGCAAGCUGCUCAUGAAGCAGUGCUCCGGCACCCUCAAGAAGCUGUCCCUCGAGCUGGGCGGUAACGCCCCUUUCAUCGUCUUCGACGACGCCGACGUCGACGCCGCUGUGGCUGGUGCUGUCGCCUCCAAGUUCCGCUCCUCGGGCCAGACCUGCGUCUGCGCUAACCGCAUCUACGUCCAGCGCGGCGUCUACGACGAGUUCGCCAAGAAGUUCGCCGCUGAGGUCGAGAAAUUCAAGGUCGGGAACGGCUUCGAGAAGGGCGUCACCCACGGGCCCCUCAUCCACGACCGCGCCAUCGACAAGGUCGACGCGCACAUCCGCGACGCCGAGAAGAAGGGCGGCAAGGUCGUCGUCGGCGGCCACAAGCUCGACGGCCUCGGCUCCAACUUUUACGAGCCCACCGUCAUCACCGGCAUGACCAAGGACAUGGCCAUGGCCGAGGAGGAGACCUUCGGCCCCGUCGCGGGCCUGUUCGCGUUCGAGACCGAGGAGGAGGUCGUCAGGCUGGCCAACGCGACCAACGUCGGGCUGGCGGGGUACUUCUUCUCGCGCGACAUCCAGCGCGUGCACCGCGUGGCGGAGCACCUCGAGGUCGGCAUGGUCGGCGUCAACACGGGUCUCAUCUCGGACCCCGCCGCGCCGUUUGGCGGUGUCAAGGAGUCCGGGUUCGGCAGGGAGGGAUCUCUGUAUGGCAUCUCGGAGUACCAGAUCACGAAGAUGGUUACGUACGGCGGUAUGGGCCAGCCCCUGCAAAAGUAA